GAUUCUUUAUUGCAGAUGGGUAGGUUACUUUAGCACUCGCAUUUAGUUUUAUUAUAUGUGAUGUGUUCGGUGGUGUACUUUUUUUAAAAAACAUACUUAUCUUGUUAUUAAUUUAGUGGGUUAUAUUAAUUAGUUCGGGUCGUGCGAGUUAUAGUGUUGUCUCGGUAUAUGUUUGGGGCAUUCGCUAUCUCUUAAACCGAACAAAAGGAAGUUGUUUUUUUCCUCUUGUCCCGAGUUGUUUAAGUUGUAUUUUCGUGCGAAGCAACGACGAGCGUUUACGGAUUUUAUUAAAUGUUAAUAUGGCCUUAGCCAGGCUGCCGGUCGUGAGUGAUUGCUCUGCCGGGCAGACGGCUCGAGUGACCUCCAACCUCCAUCCGACGAGCAGCAUGGCAGUGAGCAGGGUGCCGAGUCCGCCUCCAGUCGAAGUAAACACCCCCGUUGCCGAAAAUUGGUGUUACACACAAGUCAAAGUGGUGAAGUUUAGUUACAUGUGGACAAUUAAUAAUUUUAGUUUCUGUCGAGAAGAAAUGGGGGAAGUGUUAAAAUCUUCAACCUUCUCAGCAGGAGCUAACGACAAGUUAAAAUGGUGUCUCCGGGUAAACCCAAAAGGUCUCGAUGAAGAAAGCAAAGAUUACCUUUCGUUAUACCUUCUUUUGGUGUCUUGUAACAAAAGCGAAGUGCGGGCGAAAUUCAAAUUCAGUAUACUGAACGCGAAACGAGAAGAAACCAAAGCGAUGGAAAGUCAACGAGCGUACCGAUUCGUUCAGGGAAAAGAUUGGGGCUUUAAAAAGUUUAUCCGGAGGGAUUUUUUACUUGACGAAGCUAAUGGGUUACUUCCAGAUGAUAAACUUACUAUUUUUUGCGAGGUUAGCGUAGUAGCAGAUAGUGUUAAUAUCUCAGGGCAGUCAAACACCAUUCAGUUCAAAGUUCCCGAGUGUCGACUUUCGGACGAUCUCGGUCAGUUAUUUGAAAAUCAAAAGUUUAGUGAUGUUACGUUAUCGGUGGCCGGUAGAGAGUUUCAAGCUCAUAAAUCCAUUUUGGCAGCUCGAAGUCCUGUCUUCCAAGCAAUGUUCGAACAUGAAAUGGAAGAACGCAAACAUAACCGCGUCGAUAUAACCGACGUAGACCAUGAAGUAUUAAGGGAGAUGCUUAGAUUUAUUUAUACGGGGAAGGCGUCGAAUCUUGAAAAAAUGGCUGAUGAUCUUUUAGCUGCAGCAGAUAAGUAUGCACUGGAAAGAUUAAAAGUGAUGUGUGAAGAGGCGUUAUGUACCAACCUUUCGAUUGAAAACGCGGCGGAAAUCCUAAUUUUAGCAGAUCUUCAUAGCGCGGAUCAAUUAAAAGCGCAAGCCAUAGAUUUUAUUAACACCAGACAUGCAACGGACGUGAUGGAAACGCCCGGAUGGAAGUCGAUGAUCCUAACGCACCCGCAUUUGAUAGCGGAGGCGUUUCGCGCAUUAGCAACCCAACAGAUACCUCCGAUAGGGCCGCCGAGGAAGCGUGUCAAACAGAGCUGAAGCGUCGCCGCGUCAAGAUGGUGCCACGCAGACUGCUUAUAUGUGUUCAAAAUGUAAUAUAAUAUACAUAACAUUAACUAUCUAAAAUUAGGCACACACGGACACUUGAUUCCAGAGAAAAAAAGUGCUUGUAUCGCUGUAGUUUAAUUUCCUUGUGGUUUUACUUCGUUGCGAAAGUUGAUGAAAUAAAAAAAAAUUCUUGUAAACGUAGGUUCUAACUAACAAAGAAAACAGAAUUGUGAUAUAAAUAGACCACGGCUUGUUCCUAUCGAGGGACUGGUAAAGAAAAAAAACCUCCUUUAAUAUUAAUUGAUUAAUUAAUUGAUUACUUCUUAAGUUUAGAGUUGUAUUUAAUAUGAUCUCUCCGAUUAAGCUAAGCGUGGAGCGAACGUAACCGUUUAGUACCCUACCUUACAUCAAUAAUUACAAAAGAAAAGGAAAGCGAUAAAACAUUUCAAUUCGUACAUUUUUUUUUGUUAUUCAGUUGUGUUAUUAAUUUUUAUUUAACUGAAACUUUGUAAAUUUUUGCAUGGGUAAUUUUCAAAAGUCUUGGAAAAUCGGCGACAAAUCUAUGCUUUUCUAUAAUAUUAUGUAUGUUUGUUUCUUUUUUGUUAAUUUUUCCGGAGUCAUCGUCUCGUUUAUAAAUUUAUUUUCUGUUUGAUGAAUUAAUUGUUUUUAAAUGAAACGGGACGGUAGCUUUGAUACGUUCUAGAAAUCAAUGCUUGGUAUUCGUACGGACGGAUGCACGGAACGGGGCUCGUCCGUUCGCCGAGACACCAUAAGCCAUUAUAAUAUGUGAUACAUAAAAAAGAAAAUGAAUAAUAGGCGGCAGAAUUACACACGUUCGCGGUCCGAGCAUCAAUCGUUAUAGGGUUUAGUUACUUGCUGUCCCGAUAGUGUACAUUUCAGGUAUUUUUUACAGUUAAUAAGUGUUUACUUAAAUAGCACAAGUGUAAUAAAACAUUUCAUGAAAUUA